AACUACACGAUCAUAUUCAUUUCAUUCACAAAUUACUCCCACUUCUUCACUUCACAUGUUCUUCUCAUUCUCCUCACUGAUUCAUCAACCUGCCCUGCAAUUUCCAUUUUAUCCUAUGCAAUGAAUCGCUUAAAGCAUGGUUGGCGCCUCCUUUCCAAAUCCAACAUCAACAACCUUCUCGAUUCUCACCCCAACGCUCUUCAAACCAAGCUUUUCGCAACCGAAGCGCAUCAACAAUUGAACAGGGACUUUUUCGUCAAACUCUGGGUUUCCGAUGCCAAAACCCAAAACCCUAGAGCUAGAAAAUCGAUCAAAUGUCCAGGUCUUGAUCUUGAUCCUAGAUGGUUUUCUGCUUCACCUGUUCAUGCUGAUGCUGCUGCUGCUGCUGCUGUCACCAGUAAACCUAAACCGCUUUUGAAGCAACCUCCUAUAAGUCAAUCUGUUUCCGAAUUUUCGAAGCCGGAAUCUCCUCAAGAGGCCAAGGUAGCACCUCUACUUGCCAGGUCCAACUUACUAAUUACCAGAGAUAUCGAGUGGGCAAAUCUUGUAUUGGGAUUUGAACAGGAAAAUCGUUAUGGCAUUGUAGAUGCAUGCUACCCACAGUCGCCUGUAGGUUUAAUUCGUGAACAGAGCAACCUCAUUACCAGACAGUUGCUUCGUCUAAGGAGGCCUUUUGUUGCACACAUAACUGAUGCUAUGGGGAAUGAGCUCUUUAGGGUCCGUAGACCCUUUUGGUGGAUAACAAGCUCAAUUUAUGCGGAAAUUGAUGGUAAGGAAAUUGGAGUAGUUCACAGGCGGUGGCAUCUCUGGAGAAGAAUCUAUGAUUUGUACCUUGGGAAUCAGCAAUUUGCGGUGGUUGAGAAUCCUGGCUUGUGGAAUUGGACAUUCACCUUGAAAGAUGCUGAUGGUGAGGUGCUUGCUCAAAUAGAUCGUGAUUGGAGGGGUUUUGGCUUUGAGAUUCUAACUGAUGCUGGUCAGUAUGUGAUUCGAUUUGGAAAUUCUGAUCCCAGCUCCAAGAUUGGCCUUGCUAAUGCGAUUGAAGACCUUGAAGUCAAACGCCCACUGACCCUUGCCGAGAGAGCAGUUGCUGUAGCUCUUGCAAUAUCACUAGAUAAUGACUACUUCUCAAGACAUGGAGGCUGGGGAUUACCCUUCAUUGACGUCGGCGAGUAAAUUUGAUUUGACAGACAGUAUCAUCUGGUUUUCUAAUGGCAUUGUAAUCUCUGAAGUCAUUCAUUACAAAGUAGUUUUUAAAUUGGUGUUCUAAGCUAAACACCAAGGACGGCUCCAUUCAUGUAAAAAUGAGAAUUUUAAUCUGAUAUUUACUUUUGUCUGUUGAUUCCUUUUGCUGGAUGGCAAGGCCCUGAAAUAGUCCUGAUUAUUGUUGGUUGGUUUGAAGUAGACUAAAAUGUCUGAUUAACCCUUUGUACUUUUA